UCAUCGCGAUAAAUUGGCGAUCCCUUAGCAACUUUAUCGUGGCGAUAAUAAUAUGUUAGCUUAGCCCCGACAAAAAAGUUUCGAACAACGUUUCGUUCUGUUCUGUUUUGUUUUUUUUCGCCUUAAUAGCUUUUCAAACCCCUGCAAAUCCUGUCAGCUCUGAAAAACCCUAAAUCCCCAAAUCGGAAAAUCCACUCUGAUUCACUCAAAUUAAAGGGAGAGAGUGAAAAUGGGUGAGGUGGGAGAAGAAGAAGUGGGUAAGAAGAAGAGGAGGAGUGCUAGAAUAUUGGAAUUGGAAGGAGAGAAGAAGAAGAAGAUCAAGGACAAAAAGGAGGUGAAGGAACAAGGAGAGGUAAGCACUAACAAACUCAAAGUGAAAUCCAAAUCAGAGGUUGAGGAGGGUCCUAAGCAAGACCAUGAGGAGCAUGAAGAAGAAGAGCAAGAGAAAACUGAGGAGGAGCAGAGUCCAAGUACAAGAGAAGCAGAAGAAGCGCCCACUGCUAAUGAAGAAACGCUUGAAGACGUGGACAUUGCUUUUGUUGCUUCCCCUUCACAACAGGACAUUAUGGGUGCAUCACAGCCAGACCAUACAGAUGCUCAGUCUGAUCAGCAACCUACUGAUCCCUCCAUGCAUACACCCCUUCCUGCACAAUCAUCAGCACCUUCGGAGCUCUCAGUGGACACACUAACAAUAACAUCUGAAACUUCAGCCUCAAGCAGAAAGAAAGGACGAGGACCUGCAAAAGGCUUGAAGCUGGCUAAGAGAGCACAAGAGAGUACUGAUGGGAAGUUGGACAUUGAGUUCUCAGACAAGUCUAAUUCAGCUGUGGGGCCAAAUCAGCGGAUGUUUGUGGAUGAGGUGGUACAACAGAUGAGAACGUAUGCACCGCUUAAUGUUAAGAAGUGGGCAGAAGUACCGCAGGAGGCAAAAGAUAACAUUGUUGCAGCCGUGUUGGGUAGGUGGAGAGUCCCAGAUACGCCCUUGCGAAGAGCCAGCAUAUUACAGUUGGCUAAUCGAAGAUAUCGGGGUUGGCGAGCAAAACUCUCCAAGGACUACAGUAAGUACGACAACGAUGAGGAUCGCAGGCAGAACCGACCCAAGGAGGUCACAGAGCAGCAAUGGGAGUCUCUUAUUGCAUACUUUGGUACUGAUGAUUUUAAGACCAUUAGUGAUAGAAAUAAAGAAAACCGAUCGAAGCAAAAGACAGGUAAAAUCACAGGAAGCAAGUCUUUUGCAGCUGUGAGUUAUGAUGCGCGGGACCCCCUGACUGGUCAGCAGCCUAGUGAAUACAGGACAUGGCUUCUGUGCCAUCGUCAUUCUGAUGGUACUUGGAGUGAUGACAAUGCCAGACAGAUUUAUGAGCAAGUUAACGAGUUAAUUACUCAGAAGUCUGAACAAGAGGGGGGGCCACUAUCGUCAUCAACUGAGGAUGAAUUGUUUCAUUCAGUGAUUGGUUCUAGACCAGGCCAUGUACGGGGCCAGAGACAUGGGUCGAUCCCAGAGCAGAAAGAGGUGCUUGGUGAGGUUCAAAUGGAGCGUGAUGCACUUGAAGAGCAGCUUGGUGAGAUGAAGUUGAAGUUGCAGGAGGAAAGUGCAGCACGGAGUGUGAUACAGGCACAACUGCAGGCAGAGAGUGCGGCACGGGCUGAGAUGGAGGCACGGUUGCAGGCAGAGAGUGCAGCAAGGACUGCUAUGGAGGCACGAUUGCGUGCAGAAUUUAUGGUUGCCCUCGAUAGCCUACGAUCUCAAGCCUCUUCUAGCAGUGGUGGGAGAGCUUCUCUAAGCAUCUGUCUUUCGUAGUGGGUGAAGGCACUCGUAUACGCUUUUGGCAUGAUAGGUGGAUUGGUGAUAAUACUCUAAAAAAUCUCUAUCCUGAUCUCUAUAUGUGUUCAGCGGUCAAGGAUGCUUGUAUCUCUGAGGUUUUGUGGAUGCCAGAUGGGGGUACUGUUAGAGUAUGGGAUUUAAGGUUCUAUAGAGUUUUUGAAGAUUGGGAGUUAGCUGCAUCUUAUUCUCUUCUCCAGCUUAUCCAAACUCGCAUUCCUCGGGGUGAUAGGAGUGAUACUCUUUGUUGGCGGUUGAAGGGUGAUGGAAAUUUUGACACCCGGUCUUAUUACCAUGCGAUUCGGGGUGCUUCGAAUUCUUUGUUUCCUUGGAAGGGUGUUUGGAAACCAAAGAUUCCUAGACGAGUGGCGUUCUUUUUGUGGACAGCUACUCAUGGUCGGAUCCUCACUUUGGACAAUCUAAUGCUUAGGGGUCGUCCGUUGGCUACUUGGUGUUGUAUGUGUUGUUGUGAUGGGGAGUCAGUAGACCAUCUUCUUCUUCACUGUCCUAUUACUCAUUCCCUUUGGACUUUUAUGCUUCAGGCCUUUGGUAUUCAUUGGGUUAUGCCAGGAUCAGUGGCGGGUUUGUUAUCUUGCUGGCAUCAGUGGCUCGGGAAACAUAAUUCAGACAUCUGGAAUUUGGUUCCAGGGUGCUUAAUGUGGAUUGUGUGGUUGGAACGAAAUCGUCGUUCCUUUGAGGAUAAUGAGAAGACUUUGGACGAGUUAAAAGUUUUAUGCCAACGUAGUCUUUGGGAGUGGUCUCGGUGUUGGGGUUUUACUGAAUGUUCUUCUCUCUCUGAGUUUAUGUCUUCUCUUAGCUUAGUUUCCUAAUUUCUUGUUUUGCUGUGUUGUUUUUUUUUUCUUCUUCUUGUU